UUUCAUUUCAUUGUUCUUCCAUUACUCUUUCUUUCUUUCUUUUUGUUUUUUCUCCCAAUGCAGCCGCGGUCUCCGCCGACGCGCCAUUCGGUGUCGGUCUGCGUGCCGCGUCGCUCUUUGCCACUCUUGCAAGCUGUGCUUGUCGCGGUGGUUGUCUGCCUCGCUGCGACUCCCUCUGCGCUCGCCAACACCUGCAGUCCCUCACCGGCCACGGUGACCAACGCGAACGUGUACGGAUCGCUCAUCGCAACAUGCUCGUUUACCGGGUCGGGUACAAGCUGCCCUGGCAGCAAUCCGUACGUUGUCACGAACGUUACUGGCGGCAACCCGUCGUUCACCAGCGCCCUGAAGGACGAGCUGUCUCCUGUUGCUGGUGGAAACGCCAAGACGAGCGAGAUUCGCUUGCUAAACAUUUUCCGAUUCCGCAAUGCUCAAGGCACUUACACGGUGACGGUCAAGCCGUGCUCGGAUGCCACGACAACAUUCACCCUUACCAUAUCCGACUUCACGUCGGCAACCUUCUCGCCUUCGACGGCCACGAUUGAUGAAAACACUGCUGCAAACACGAAUGUGGCCACCCUCACGACCAGUUGCACCAGUCCCGGCUUUUCAAUCAUUUCCCAAUCGACCAGCGGCUUGUUCAAAAUCACUGGCGACAAGCUCCAGGUGAACAACGCUGCCUUGCUCGACUAUGAAACCAUCAAGUACGGGACAGUGUCUGUCAACGUCACGGGCACAAACUGCGUGCUGGUCGAACGCACCAUCAAUGUGACCCUCAAUAAUGUCGUCGAACCCCCGACCGGCAUCAAGGUGGACGGCGUGACGAUCGUUGAUUCCGUCACCUCCAUCAACAUGAAUGAAGAGUUGACGACGGCCUCCGCCCAGUUCACGGCAGUCACCCAAGAGGCAGGCACAGUCACGUACACACUGCUGCCCCUCGCCGGACAGACCGAUUGCACCAUCUCUGAAGCUUUCGGCAACUGCAGCCACCUUUUGUUUGACAUUACAGUCGACAACCGAUUGCAACCGAGCGCUAGCGCCAUCAGCUCGCGCCUGAUCAACUACGAGUCGGAAAAGCUCAUUGACGUUGGCCGAACCUUUACUGUUUGUGUCCAGGCGACACAGGGCGGACUGAGCAUCCAACGGCUUUUCAAAAUCAAUGUUCUCGACGUGCCUGAGGCACCGCGCGGCAUCUUGGUCUCCGGCACGCUUCCUGAGAAUUCGGCCACGAUGGGCAUGAUUGGCUACGUCACUUGCGAUGAUGACGAGAAGGAUGCAACCCUGACCGCGACUGGUUUCCCUACCGAUGCGAACAUUGCGCUCGUCGUCAACUCGACUGCAGCGGUCGGGUCGCCGUACCGCUAUUACCUCAACAAACUGACCGCUGUCGAGUACGAUUUCGAAACGAGCUCCCCUUACUCUUGGAGCAUGGCAGUCACAUGCGUCGAUAGCGGCAGUCGAACGCUUCCCGUUGGAGCUAGUCCGUUUACCUUUUUCGUCACAAACGUCAAUGAGGCGCCAAGCGCGCUUCGUUUCACAUCUGGAAACCCCAGCGCUCGGACCACGAUCAAUGUCCUUGAAAAUCUCAAAGGCUGCCACAACCUUGACAUUGUCGACCCUGACGUGAACUUGGCGAGUGGAGACCCUUCCAACCGCUGCAAUAGUGGCACUUACCCGUUUUGCAGCAACUCGUUCCAGCUGAUUGUCGAUGACCCGGACAGAUUCUACACCACUACCACCCCUUCUCGCCAACUUUGCAUCAACGCGACAUUGGAUUUCGAGACGACGCCCGUUGUGAACGUGUCGGUGCAGGUUUCAGACGCAGGCGGCGGAAACAACAACUUUAUCAUGUCGUUUAUUCUGCAAAACGUGAACGAGCCGCCGUCAAACGUCGUGCUCUCGGCGACCAGCUUUGAUGAAAACGUGCCGGGCAAUACCUUGGUUGCAAUUCUUUCGGCAGUCGAUCCUGACGUUGGCGACACAAUCGUCUUUGCUGUGAAUGACACUGCCAACUUUGUCAUCACAAACAGCGUCGAGCUACGCACCGCUGCGUCUGCCAGCUUUGAUUACGAGACAAAGUCCGUCUACUACCUUCGCAUCACCGUGACGGAUUCGGGACCGACCUCGGUCGACUUUCCGGUGAUCAUCACCGUGAACAAUGUGAACGAACCCGUCAUCCCCGUUGCCAUCACCCUGAACGGAACUGGCGGCGUGUUCACCGACUCGGAGGCCCUUCCCCCAACGCAGCUCGGUGUGGCGCUGUGUCGCGACCCCGAAAACGAGUACAUUAGUUACACUGUGGUGGAAGUGCUCAACCGCAUCACGAGCGCCACCUCCAACAGUGUGACUGCCAUUCAGAAUCUUCUCUACUUCCAGCAGCCUGUGGCACCUGGCAACUACUCGUUGACAGUCCGAUGCGUGGACUCGCUGUCGUCGCAGCCGGCAACCCAGACUGUCAACUUUGAUGUCGUGUUUGUCAAUCGUCUGCCUACAUCGUGCACAUUGUCGCCCUACCUUCUUCCAGAGGACAAGAUCGCGGCGUACGUUGUCGGCACCAUAUCGUGCGUCGACCCUGAUGGUGACGCCCUGACCUAUGCUCUCGACACUGUCGCCUCCAGCAACCGCUUUGUGCUCUGCAACGGAAACCAGAUUUGCGUCUCGAGCAUUGUCACAGCCAGUGCCAAUCGCUUUGACUACGAGUCGGGCGCCGGAGACCUUUCGGUGACUGUGCUCGUGACGGAUGCGUCCGGCACACCAACGCCAUUCGCGCUUGACAUUGAGCUCUCGAACGUCAACGAGGCCCCGACGUUCAUCACCACAAGCGGUCUCUCCGUCACCAGGACGACUGGUAUCAGCGCCCUUGUGGGCACCCUCUCGACCAUUGACCCAGACUUUGGUGACAGCUGGACCUACACCCUCUUGAACACGUUCGACUAUGCAUACUUUUCUCUGUCUGGAAGUCAGGUUCUCUCGCAGUACGCCAACUUUGACUUUAUCACCAAACCCAACUACACCCUGCAAGUCACCACGACGGAUGCUGAAGGCCUUUCGCUCACCCAACUCGUGACCGUGUACGUGACGGAGAGCAACAAUAUUCCCACGGGCAUUUUGCUUUCUGCCAACACGGUUCAGGAAAACAGCCCCGUCGGGACUGUGAUUGGCACGCUCUCCACUGUCGACCGAGAUAAUCGCACGCAGACCUAUGCCUAUACUCUGCUGGAUAGCGCCUCGAAUGUGUUUAGAAUCGUCGGCGAUCAGCUGCAAGUCAACUUGGCCGUGCUCAACUUUGAGAGUGUCGCGUCCUACCGCAUCGCUGUCAAAACCACCGACAGUGGCACCCCUCCGUACUCGUUCGAUGCGUUCUUUGACAUUGCCCUGACCAACCAGAACGAGUCGCCACAAAAUGUCUACCUGACCUCGACCACCGUCGCCGAAAACUCCCCCUCAAACACUGUCGUCGGCACGUUGAGCUCGGACGAUCCCGAUGCUGGCGCCGUCCUCACCUACUCGGUCGUGGGUGUUGGCAACUCGAGCACCGUGUUUGGCUGCUCUGGCAACCAGCUCAUCGUCACGGGAGGUGGUCUCGACUUUGAAAUGUACUCGUCGUACCAAGUGAGCGUCCGAGUGAGCGAUGGCACGCUGUCCGCCGUCAGCACAUUCACCAUUACCGUGACCAAUGUCAACGAAGCCCCCACCGACAUUGUCAGGGUCAGUGGUGGAUCCGUCUCGGAAAACUCUGCCCAGGGUGUGGAGGUGGCCACGUUCCAAGCGAUCGAUCCCGACCGUCCGUCCGUGUUUUUGUUUGCGCUCGAUGACUCUGCGGAAGGCUUCUUCACCAUGGCCAGCAACGUGCUUCGCGUUGCCAAGGCCGGCCUGGACUAUGAGCGCAACACGAGCAUGACGAUUACGCUCCGCGCGACCGACUUGGGCGGAGCUCCCGGCGGCUUGUCUGUCGUCCGUCAGUUUGUCAUCACCAUUCUCAAUGUGAAUGAGCAGCCUGCGCCCACCUUGAGCGUCAAUAGUGUGAAUGAGCGUUCGCCCGUCGGCACCGAAGUCGGUGUCUUUUCUGCCAACGACCCGGACAAUGCGCGCACCGUGACCCAGACCCACACCUUUGCCCUUCUCAAUGAUCAGUCUACCGGCGCGUUCACGGUCACGACGGAUGGCAAACUGCUCGUCGCUCGUGCGGGCAUCAGUGCGUCCGGCUACGCCAAUUCGCAGAUUACGGUUCAAAUUUCCGUCACUGACAGCGGCUCGCCCGUGAUUACCUUUAUUACGAGCUUUGUCAUUACCAUCAUCAACGUCAACGAUGCGCCGACACGCAUCAGCUUCUCGGCCAGCUCGGUGCCCGAAAACGCUCCUGCAAAUUACCUCAUCAACACGUUCUCAACGUCCGACCUGGAUCCGGAAGAUACCCACACUUACACGCUCAUCAACGACACUUGCAAUGCGUUUGCGAUUAGUGGCAGUGCGCUCAUCGUCCGCCCCAACGCGACCAUUGACUAUGAGGCACACUACCCGGACACGUCCUGCGUAUUUGCUGUGCGCUCCACGGACUCUGGCACCCCGCCGCUCUCUGUCGAGCGCAUCUUCACGAUUGCCAUUACCGAUGUCAACGAAGCGCCAACCGGUGUGCUCUUUACUCCUUUCGUGCCCCUCCGCGAAAACGAAGUCAACACGAUCAUCGGCAACUUGACGUGCCUGGACCCCGACCGCGGCCAGACGUUCAAGUUCUCCAUCAUUGUCAACCCAGGCACCGACUCGUACUUUGUCAUUGUGGAUACGAACAAGGUGCAAAUCAAGUACCAGGUCGAUUACGAGCUGAAUCCUUUCGUUGCCGUGCAAUUCCAGUGCACGGACAGCGGCACGCCUCCGCUUGCCAUCAGCCAGACUGUGAAUCUGAACGUCACCAACGUGAAUGAACAGCCUGCAAACAUUCUUCUUUCCAACAUGUCCAUUCCCGAAACGGCCGCGGUUGGAACGGUGGUUGGCAAGGUGACGGUGGAUGAUCCAGACGUCGGCGACACCUUCAUCAUUGAGUUGAUGGCCAGUGCCAACGGUCGCUUCCGGCUUGAGAAUGCGACGGGACCUGGCGGGAUUGUGACCAAUCUUGUUGUGAACGCAACGCUCUUGACUGCCGCCCGCGACCGCUCUGCUCGCGUCACCAUUCGCGCCACCGACUCGGGCGGCCUGUUCCGCACAUUGAACUUUGACCUCGCUCUCACCUACGUCAACCUUCCGCCAACCGGUGUGUCCAUCACGGUCGGCGAGUUUUCCGAAACGAUCGCCGUAGGCACGUAUGUCGGCACGCUCAUCGUUGCCGACAUGGACGCUGGCCAAAACCACACUUGCACGCUGGUGGAUAAUGACUCUGGCACAUUCUCGCUCGUGAACAAUGAUCUGUAUAUCGCCUCUGUGGCGACCAUUGAUUACGAGGCCGCCCCGACGCACUCGGUCAAGCUGAUGUGCACAGACAACGAAGGUCUGGGCUUCGCGACUCCUCAGACGCUCGUCCUGAGCGUUCGCGACGUGAACGAAGCCGGUCUGUCCAUCCUGCCCAACCCGACAGCCGUGUUGGAGACGCUGUCCAUUGGCGACGUGGUUGCUGUGCUCAGCACUCUCGACGACCCCGAGACGAGCCAGAGCCACACCUAUGCCAUCACCUCGCCCAACUGCCCCUUCACCAUCACGGCCUUUGGCCCGGACUCGAGCAACCUCCGUCUGGCGCAGCCGUUGAAUUUCGAUCUUCAACCGAGCGUCUCCUGCAUGAUUAGCUCGAUCGACGACGGUUGGCCGCCGGCGGAACUCCCAUUCAACCUGACCAUUGGUGUGAUUGACGUCAAUCCGUGUUUGCUCCCUGCGGCCGGAAACUGUGGCGCGAACGCCAUUUGUCAGAAGGCUGGACCCGGGCGCAGCAGUUGCGUUUGUACAGAAGGCUAUGUGGGCGAUGGCCUGACUUGCUCGCUGAUUCCUGUUGGAGAAAGCAUCGAGUGCAUCGCGCCGCGAAACCGCGUGAGCUGCAACAAAUGCCAAGUUGGCUUCCAAGUCAGUUCCUCCAGUGAUCAAUGCGGUCUUGUUGGCGGAGUCAAGUUUUGCACCCGUGCAUGUGUUGAUGUGGACGAAUGCCUGCGUACCGACAACGGCCCUUGCUGCUCCGAGCUCACCUGCGAAAAUCGCGAUGGCUACUACAGCUGCACCGGAUUCGCUGUCCAGCCUGCGCUGGUGGAGCGAUUCUUGACGACUUACCCGGAAACAUCGCGUAGCGCUGUGCUCUGUGCAUUGGCAACCCACCGCACCCACAACGAGACAAACUUUGGAACCCUUGAGCAGCAAGUCUUUGGCGAUGACGGAGCUGCUCUUAGUGCAGGAGCCAUUGCUGGAAUCGUCAUUGCGCUUUUGAUUGUGGCGGUGAUCGUCGCACUGGUUGUCUUGAAGCGACGCCGCGCUGCCGCCGCCCGCAAGCUGACUCAAAACGAAGAGGAGCAGCUGCAGGACCCGGCACUGGCAGCUGCCGUCACCCCGAAGACUCAAGAAGAAAAGCUGCUCGAAAAGGCGCGUCAGCUGGAGGCUCAACACGAGUCCCAGAGGCAGGCAAAGAUCAGCGCCAACUUGGCCGUCUUUGACCAGAUUGCUCGUCAUAAUGCGACGCAGCUCCACGCAGACCAGGGUGCUUCCCGGAUUUAAUCCCCACGGGUCUUAAGAUUGAGACGCUUGGUUUCUCUGUUUUGUUCUUCUUCUUCUUCUUUCCUUUUUUUUUCUUUUGCUUCCUCUUUCCUGGCUUUGUUUUCUUCUUUCCUCUACCUUUUGCUGCAACCCGUUAUUCCAACCCUUUUUGAUUUUGUUAGCUUGUUGUUUUGGUUUUUGUGAUUCAACUCGUUUCGUUUUGUUCGGAACGUUCUGUUACUACUGCUGCUUUGUCACCCUAAUUUCCCCCAACUUCCCCCUGUAUUGUACGAUGGCUAUGCUUUGUUGUCUUGUUUGUUCUUGGCUUCUGCACAUAAAUCAGCUUUGCUUUUUUCUUUUUUUUUUGCUUUUUGUUUGUUGUUUUGUUGUU